AUGGCGCGAAGAGUGUCGCUUCGAAUGAAGUCCCGCGUCAAUGUUGUUGUUGUACCCAAGGCAAAGACUGUGAUCAAGGUAACAACAACAAAUGUUGAUUCAGAUGUCGAAACUGCUACUGAGACCGAGACUGGUGAGUUCAUGGAAGUAGAAGCGAGUGAUUUGAGUGGUGCUGAUGGUUUAGAUAUACAAACCACGAAUCGUGUUAUGCUGCUCGCACGAACCUCGACAUCGGUGUCUUCAACAACCACGACAAAGUACACCACCAGCACAAUUCUCGCACCAUCUGGCUUCGUACCCAUCAAACAAGUCCAAGGCUACAUCGCCAGAUUUAAAGCCCGAGGUCCCGUACCUAGAGCUACCACCGCAUAUCUCCAGCGCAUCGACUGCACCAAGAAGAUUCCUUCUACGACGACCAAGACUGUAACUACUGCGGUCGAGGGAGCUAGAAUCACUCUCAAGCCUAAGACUGUUACGAAGAAGACGACGAGUUUUAUGACUAUCACGAUGACGGAAUAUGGACCUCAGACUCAGAUAAUUCCCCAGACUGUCACCGUUGAAUCCAUCGUCCCUGCGAGCCCCUUCUACGCCGCAUGCUCCUCCAACAAUCUCGCCAGCACGGCCAACGGCGGCAAGAGAAUCGCCGACUUUGACGCUUGGGUAGUCAACAGGCCCAUUUACAUCUCUAGUCUUACCAGCGCUUAUGCAUGCUGUGUUGAAUGCCAGAAGAAACAGAAUUGCUUGAUGAGUCGGUCAAGUGCUGGUGGCUCCUCGUGCUGGUUGUACUUGACGCCUAGUGAUGAUGCUUGUUCAGCGCAGAUCAACUGGUUGACGUAUCACACUGACAGUGGUGUUAGUGUGGAAUGGACUUAUAGUAAUGGACCUUGUGGGAGGGCUGUUAAUGGGCGGAAGUCAUGGUCAUCGCAUUGGUGUUGA